AUGGAAAGUGGACGCAUCGCGAAAGAUAACCUCGAUCUGGGCAUCGGCCGAGUACACCCUGCCGAUCCUCGGUCGCUGGCCAGCGACUACGCUGGAGCGGCACACUGCCGUUUCACCCACACCGGCAGCCGAAGAGACGGCUACGACGCCAGCGGAAAAGAGGACAGGGCAUGGUCACCGGUGAGCUCGCCCAGUGGCGCAGCCUGGGAGGAGCGGCAGGAGGAGGAGCGGUGGGACGAGUCGCUGGUCAGCGACUACGUCCGCAACGGCCGAUAUUCGCCAACGCGUCCGUUUUGGCGCCCACCGCGUCCGCCCACGCCUCACCGAGCGCUGCAGAGCAGCGAAGAGGAAGAAGAAGAAGAGCAGCCUAUCAUUAUUAUCGACAGCGACGAGGACGAGGUGGGCGAGCAGGAUGAGAUAAUUGUGAUCUCCGAUUCGGAGGAGGGAGAAACACCAGAACCUCCGCGGGUAAGUGCCAGCUACGCUGGAAAGGUGGUGGGGGGUCGCUUGGAGCAUCGCGCCGAGGUUGUCAUAACUUGGAGCGAACCCCUCACCACGAAGCCCGCGAGGUUCAUAUUGGAGGAAGUUUCGCCUCCAGAGACGCCACCACAGGCGACACCGCCGCCGCCCAUACCGCAGGAGACGCCACCACAGACGACGCCACAACAGGCGACCGCGCCGCCGCCCACGCCACCGGAGACGUCGAUGGACGCCGACGAGGAGUGGCGGCCGAUCCGACUGCCCGCCCGGCCAGCGUUACAACGCCAGGUGUCGGAGCCGGCGCCGCCACCACCCCAGAGGCCUACGCUACAGCGGCAGGUAUCUUGGCCCGACGCGGGAGCAGCACAAUGGGUGGAGUUGCGGCGUGAGGAGUGGCCAGUGGAAGUGGAGCAACACGCUGCCCGGAUAGAGGCCCAGGGCAGCGGGCGCACCGCCCGCAUCGUCUGGGCAAGGGGCACGAAGUACAGGGUGCGGCGGACACGUAUCGGAUGCCGGGCAUUCAAAUAUGUCAAAAAAAAAAAGAAGAGAAGUGUAUACUAUAUCUCAGAAUAAAAAAAAUAAAAAUAAAAAUAAAAAUAUAUCUAUAUAUACAUAAAACACAUAGUUACAGCUUUGGGUUGCCCAUUGAGAGAUUGGUUCACCAUCGAUGCCUGCCACGCGACGAAUCCAUCCGGUUGUCCGUGCUGAGACGUAGGCGCGUU